AUAUGAGCAACGCCCCCUAGAGUUGGGAACGACUAGCACAUACAGUAUGUGCGAGGGGAACAUUUACCUUUUACGUGACCUUGGAUCAGGAGGACAUGUGGAUUUCACUUCCUUCUCAUUGCUAAUGGGUGGCAGCUGCUCCUGGUCCUUACCUGGAGCCUCCUGGAGCCUCCUUAACUGCAGCUGCAGCUUGCCUCGCUUAGCCUCAACCUGUGGCUCAUCCAAUCCACCCAGCUGCGGUUUCUCUGUCAGGCUAGCGCUCUCCCAGCCCCGAUCCAGACCAUCGCUCAGCUCCGGGUUGUCCUCUGCUCACUCAAACCCAUCCGUCUCCUCCUCCAAACACGUUUCUGGAGAGGGGUCCAGAGGCAGAUCCAUGACAGCAUCUUGGAGUAUUUUAUAUUUAACCUUUUUUAAAAAAAAUUCUGUUGCCAUACAAACUUCAAUAGAUCUUUCUGCUAUUGCUUAAAUGAUAUAUAAGAUGUCAGAAUAUGUAGUGUUUGAAACAAAAACAUCAUUCCUGGCAAGGGAUUCAUCUUUAUAACAGGAAUGUUAUAAACUAAAAUUACAAAAAUGGUAAUUGUAAUGUUACCUUGUUAAAAAAACAACAGCAUCCAUAAAGAAGCUUAUAUCAUGAUUUGAGGAGGGAGUUAUUGCUUUUAAAUUGGGGGAUGGAGUAGGCUCUGGCACUAGUACUAGGUACUAGUAAUACUCAUUAGUGCAUAGUCCAUUAUCACCAGACUUUGAUACUAUUUGCAAGUAGUUUUUUCACUCAAUACCAAAAGAUGCUCAGCACGGGCACAUUUUUAUGUUAAUCUCUGCAAUACUGAAUCAUAAUUUUACAAGGUACUUAUGCAGAUUUAUUUCACACUUAGGAUCGAUAAUUGUGAAUAAACUAUUCUAGAGAAAUAUUGUCAUGGAAUAUGGUUUGUAAACCUUAGAUAGAGGGUUUUUCUUUAGAAGGCAUUGUGCCAGGACUGGCAAUGAUGACUUCAAAAUUAAGAAGGGUGAUUGUCCAUUGUACAGUUUGAUGCUUAUAUAUCUGUGAGCUUUCCAUCACUUCUGGUAGAUAAUUUGCAGUAUAUUUGGGGCAGUUUGCAGAUUAAGAAGUUGUUUAAUAAAGUUGUUCAUUUAUUAAAUUCUGAGGAAUGGUGAAAUACAAAAAUGCAUAUUCUCUUCCCUUUGUUAUUUGUUACUUUUUUCCAAUAGAAUAUGUAGGUAAAAAUGCUUCAAACUCAAAUUGAUUAAAGGGUUUUGUUUUUUUUCCUCCCCUUUGCUAGAAGGGAUUUUAAAAAAAAAUUAAAAAAAGCUUUAAUCUGGAUUUGUUGUAAAAGAAAUAACAUCAUUUGCUUCGAUUUAUAUUAGUCAGUUGAAGAGGAUGCUGGCUGGAUGAUUCUGCAAGUUGAAAUCUACACAUCUUAUAGAUGCCAAGGUUGAGAACACUGCCAUAGUGUCUCUUUAUCAUAAAGAAUUGGUUUCAGCAAUGGGAGCAUUAAUUAGGCUAUAUUAGAGCGACUUGUGUGUGUUUCGUAAAAUAUGCUUUAUUUUAAAAUUAGGGCUUCCUGUUGCAGCUGUUCCAGGAGCGCUGAGUCCUUUGGGGAUUCCAAAUGCGGCGGCGGCAGCUGGCCGUGUGGGUAUGCCUGGAGUUUCAACUGGUGGCAAUACAGUCCUUUUGGUUAGCAAUUUAAAUGAAGAGAUGGUUACGCCCCAAAGUCUGUUUACCCUCUUCGGUGUUUAUGGGGAUGUACAACGUGUGAAGAUUUUGUACAAUAAGAAAGACAGUGCUCUUAUACAGAUGGCUGAUGGAAACCAGUCACAGCUUGCUAUGAGCCAUCUUAAUGGGCAGAAAAUGUAUGGCAAGAUUAUUCGUGUUACUCUUUCCAAACAUCAAACAGUUCAGCUACCUCGAGAAGGUCUCGAUGACCAAGGCUUAACAAAAGAUUUUGGCAAUUCACCUCUUCAUCGUUUCAAGAAGCCUGGUUCGAAAAACUUUCAAAAUAUUUUUCCUCCAUCUGCAACUCUUCAUUUAUCUAAUAUUCCACCGUCAGUAUCGGAAGAUGACCUGCGCAUGUUGUUUGGUAAUACUGGAGGCACUGUGAAAGCAUUUAAAUUUUUUCAAAGAGAUCACAAGAUGGCCCUUCUUCAGAUGUCAACAGUAGAAGAAGCUAUCCAGGCUUUGAUUGAUCUGCAUAAUUACAAUCUUGGAGAAAAUCAUCAUCUGAGAGUUUCUUUUUCCAAAUCAACCAUUUGAAGUGAGAUAUCAAAAUAAUAAGGUUGUAUCACAUUGUUUAGUGUUGUCAUCUAUGACUGUUCGGGAAAGCGGGGACCAGAGAUGGACAUCUGUUUUUCAUGCUGUUAUCAUUCCUUGAUUGUUUAUGUAUAAAUGAAAUGAAAAAGGAUUUGCAAGGAAGAAGCAGUGAUAUUAUCUGCUGGUUUUGCAUAUGUUUAUGAAACCAUUUUGUUUAAAGGGGAUUCUGAGGAAAUCCCAUAGUUUUUCAACUUA